GGCAUUUGACUGAGUUGCACAUUACAGAAGUAAAUAGACUUGUGUGUAAUUGCUUCUGCAUUUCUGCUUAGGAGUCAACGGUUACCUCACACAGGUGGGAGAGGAAGGAUGCUCACUGAUGUGCAGGAAACUGCCAUUGUUGAUAUGGUCAUCAGAAACAAUGGCAUAAAACUCACUGAGAUUCGAGACACAGUUUUGGCAGACAACAUUACUUUUGCAAAUAUUCACAGUGUAAGCAUCACAACUAUUUCUAGAGUCCUGAAAAAACAUCAGGUAAGGAUGAAACAGUUGUACACUGUGCCUUUUGAGAGGAACUCUGAACAUGUCAAGCAACUCAGGAACCAAUAUGUCCAGAGAGUCAUGGAGAUUGAAGGCAGGCAAACGCCCCACAUUUUCAUCUUUGUGGAUGAGGCAGGUUUCAACCUGGCCAAAACACGGCGACGAGGAAGGAAUGUGAUUGGGAAGAGAGCCACAGUGGAUGUCCCGGGCCAGAGGGGUGCCAACAUCACAAUGUGCGCAGCAAUAUCCACUGAUGGACUGCUGUUACACAAACCACUAAUUGGGCCAUACAACACUGAACGUCUCCUUGCGUUCCUGCAUGAUCUCUAUGGAAGGGUUGUGCUAGGUGAGGAAAGGGAUGCAGAGAGAAGAAAUCCACCAACAUUUAUAAUUGUAUGGGACAAUGUGGCAUUUCACCACUCUUGUGCAGUCACCGAGUGGUUUGCAGCCCAUCCCAGAAUGGUGUCACUUUUCCUCCCACCUUACUCUCCAUUCCUCAACCCCAUAGAGGAAUUCUUUUCCUCAUGGAGGUGGAAGGUUUAUGACCACCAUCCACAUAAUCAAAUGUCCCUCCUGGACGCAAUGAAUGCUGGAUGCCUGGACAUAUCAGCAGAAGAUUGUCAGGGAUGGAUCAGGCAUGCCAGAAGAUUCUUUCCUAGGUGUAUUGCCCUAGAUGACAUAAGAUGUGAUGUGGAUGAGAACCUGUGGCCAAAUGGCGAAGACCGAGUAGAUUAG